CUUUGGUCGUGUGUCAACAUGUGAGAUAAAGCUAGAAGAUCUAUCUCUUCGUACCAUUCAAGUGACAUGUUUUGCUAUUAAGCACUUGUGCUGGCGCCAGUUUGGAUCGUCAAGAGGUGAGUCGGUCAAGUGUGUCUUUGUCCAGCGCUGUGUUCCUGGGCUACUUCUCUCCACUCCUUCACCUUGAUCAAUCUUUUCUUUCUUCUCACCGCAUCUACGUGAAGAACGAAAAGGCGCAGAUCUACCACCAUGUCACCUCACGAGAAGACGGGUUACGACGUCGACUAUACGACACAACCAUCCUCAGACGACAGGCAUAGGUCGAUUGUGCCUCCAGAUGAAUCUGGUGCCGUCCAUGGCCAGUCCUUUGAGGUUGGCGAUUCUCUCUAUGCCAAACUCCAGCGUUUCGCUGGCAAGUAUGGAGUUGAGCAGAGAGGUAUUGAGCGAGUUCCAGAGGAUGAACGAACCGACAAGAGUACUCUCAAGGUUGGCACAAUGUGGCUUGCUGCCAACUUGACUGUCUCGACAUUUGCCAUUGGAGUGCUUGCAGUUCCAGUCUUUGGCUUGGGAUUCGUCGAUGCUUUCCUGACCAUCAUCUUCUUCAACAUCCUGGGUAUCAUUCCCGUUGCAUUUUUCUCCACUUUCGGCCCUCGCUUCGGUAUGAGACAAAUGAUGCUUUCACGAUUCUGGUUCGGCUACUAUGGAGUAAAGCUUGUCGCUUUAUUCAAUAUGCUCGCAUGCUUGGGCUGGUCUUCGGUCAAUGUCAUUGUGGGGUCGCAACUACUCCAUGCUGUCAACAACAACCUCCCGGGAUUUGCUGGAAUCAUCAUUAUUGCCGCUUGUACAUUCAUUAUCACCCUCUUCGGCUACAAGGUGGUCCAUUACUACGAAAUGAUCGCUUGGAUCCCUUGUUUCAUCAUUUUUCUCAUCGUUCUCGGCCAAUUUGCCCAUUCCGGUGACUUUGAGAACGUCCCCAUGGGCAGCGGCGAGGGCACAGCAGCCUCUGUCCUGUCUUUCGGCGCCGCAGUCUUUGGCUUCGCUACAGGGUGGGCUUCGUACGCUAUGGAUUACACUUGCUAUCAGCCGGUCAAUACGCCUAGAACGAAGGUGUUCAUCUACGUCUUCAUCGGCUUGUUUCUCCCCUUGUGCUUCUCGAUGUCACUUGGUCUGGCGGUUGGCACCGCGACGCUCAACAACGCAGCCUACAGCGAUGCAUACAACUACAAUCACGUAGGAGGCGUGCUACAUCAGGUCCUUGUGCCUCGGUUUGGCAAGUUCGGAGACUUUUGCCUCGUCGUGCUGGCGCUCUCAAUUGUGGGCAACAACUGUCCCAAUAUCUAUUCGAUCGGCUUCAGCAUUCAAAGCUUCACCCGCUACGCCCAAGCCGUGCCUCGAUUUGUCUGGACAUUUAUUGCUACUCUGGUCUAUUGUGCUAUCGCCAUUCCAGGCUACAGUCACUUUGAGAGCGUGCUGGAGAAUUUCAUGUUGGUUAUUGCAUACUGGCUGGGCAUCUACGAAGGCAUUGCCCUCCCAGAGCAUUUCAUCUUCCGAAAGGGAUUUGCCGGCUACGUUCCCGAGAACUAUGAUCAACCGAAGAAGCUACCGCCGAGCAUUGCAGCCUUUGGUGCGUUUCUGUUUGGCGUACUUGGUAUUGCAAUGGGUAUGGCUCAGCAGUGGUUCAUUGGACCCAUUGGAAGAUCGUUUGGCAGUGGGUAUGGCGGUGACAUUGGUUUCGAGCUGGCUUUUGGGUUUACUCUUGUCACGUACAUUCCAUUCAGAUACUUUGAGCUGAAGAAGUUCAAAAGGUAAUGGAGGUUUUGAUGAAGAUAAAUAGGGGAAGCAUCUAUAGUUGUAUCUUAGCUGGGGUGGUACCAGCCACGUUUUGUACUCGCUAUGAAUGAUAAGCUGAUAUUCUGUAAUCUCAGAGCAUC